UUCUAUUGUUCAACAGUUAUUUCAAAAACCACUGUCUUACAGUUUAAAUUUGCCACAAAAUGGGAUAAGCUUCUCAUUACAGUUGCGUUAGUGGCUAUUUUUAUAGCGGGUGUGACCAUGCCGUAUGCAAUAGCCUUAGUAGCUAACGUAUUUCAAAAUAUGAUUGACUACGCUAAGUCUAGUAAGGAUCACAUUUCUUACGAAGUGUUUUUAAAAUCUAUGCAUGACUUUGGAAUAAAGUAUACUUGUGUUGGCCUUGUACUGUUUACGGGCGGAUAUUUGGGUACGGCUCUUAUGAAUGUUGCAGCAAUAAAUCAGAUAUUUAGAAUAAGAUUUUCUUAUUUGAAAGCUGUACUAAAUCAAGAUUUGGCGUAUUACGACUUGCAUCAAACUGGCGACUUUGCUUCGAAAAUGGCUGAGGAUAUGAUAAAAUUAGAGGAAGGUAUAGGCGAUAAAGUAUCAUCCUUAGUGUAUGACACUGCAGUGGCGGUAAGCUGUACACUGAUGGCUUUAAUAAGAGGUUGGAAGCUAGCGUUGCUUUGUCUUUCUACCGCACCGAUAACUUUCGUACUUGUGGGAUUGACCGGCAAGAUAUCCGAUCGCUUAUACAAGAAGCAGGCACAAGCAAAAGGCAAAGCCAGCGCCGUCGCUGAAGAAGCCCUGAGUUCAAUUAAAACUGUUUACGCAUUCAACGGACAAGAAAAAGAAAUAGAUCGUUACAAGAAACAUCUUGCAGAUGCCAGGAGAAUUCACAUUCAGAAAGAAUUUUUCACUGGCUUGUCAAUGGGGUUUCUGUAUUUAUUUAUCUUUAGCUCUUACGCUUUGGCCUUUUAUUUGGGUAUACAUCUUGUAAUAAACGAGCCUCAGAGAUACAAUGCUGAUGUUAUGUUUUCUGUAUUCUUUGGAGUGAUGACUGCACUAUCUUAUUUCGGUAUGAUAGGUAAUCUAAUGACCUCAUUGGGGUCAGCUCGAGGUGCUGGUACUUCUAUUUUUCAUGUAUUACAUAAUAUACCGACCAUUAACACUUUAGAAGACAGUGGAAUUAAACCAGACUCAAUGGAAGGAAAUAUUGAAUUUAAGAAUGUAUCUUUCGAUUAUCCGUCUCGACCUGGAAUUACUGUAUUGCAUGAUGUGAACAUCAAUAUAUCAAGUGGUCAGUCUGUAGCUCUAGUGGGAAAAUCUGGCUGUGGCAAGUCCACAAUCGUUGCUCUCAUAUCAAGAUACUAUGAUGUUGCUGACGGUAGUGUAAAAAUAGAUGGUAAUGAUGUCCGUGAAUUAUCUGUGCGGUGGUUACGUAGUCAGAUCGGAUUGGUUAACCAAGAGCCUGUGCUUUUUAACACAAGCAUACGUGAAAACAUUCGCUACGGACACGAUGUUGUUUCUGAUGUUGAUAUAAUUAAAGCCGCGCAACAGGCUUAUGCGCACGACUUCAUAAUGAUGUUACCAUCUGGUUAUGACACUUUAGUAGGAGACCGUGGUACCUCUCUGUCAGGAGGACAGAAGCAAAGAAUAGCUAUUGCACGCGCCCUUGUGCGAAAUCCUCGUAUCCUUUUACUCGACGAAGCCACUAGUGCUCUCGACACACUAUCGGAAUCUAAAGUACAAGAGGCAUUAAAUGAGGCAGUGAAAGGUCGAACGACUGUAAUAGUAGCGCAUCGCUUGUCGACUAUACGAAAAGUGGAUACGAUAUACAUGAUGGAAGAUGGGCUGGUGGUAGAGUGGGGGAGUCACGAAGAAUUGAUGAAUCAAAAGGGCUUAUACUACAAAAUGUUUAGGACAUCUGAAUUCAUCGAUAUAAAUAAACGAGAAAUGCCAAAUGACGUCAAUAACGGUAAGACACGAAUACAAGUUAAAGAUAUCAAAGAAAUCAAAGAAAGAUCGUCGCUAUCUUUUUGGCAAGUGGUAGCGCUCAAUGCGCCCGAGUGGAAGACUGUCGCUUUGGGUAGUUUGUGUUCAAUCAUAGGUGGCUUUGCUAUGCCAUUAUUUAUAGUUGCUUUUGGUGAUUUAUUUGGGUCUAUGGCUAAUCCUGACCCCGAACACUUGCUAAAUAAAGUGAAAGUAAUUUCAUUUAUUUGUAUCUGCAUCGGUUGUGCGACAGGACUGUCUAAUUUAAUUGAAACAUACUCCUUUGGUAGUGCUGGUGCGUAUUUGACCGAAAGGUUACGCCUGUUGAUGUUCACUCACUUGUUGCGUCAAGAUAUUGCUUAUUUUGAUGAUCGAGCCAAUUCUACGGGAGCACUUUGCGCCCGACUCUCUGCCGAGGCCGCUUUCGUCCAAGGCGCCACAGGUCAACGAAUUGGUAUAAUAUUGCAAGGCGUGGGCUCCGUUGGCUUGGCGUUGGUCCUCGCCCUUUGGUUCCAGUGGCGCGUCGCUCUCGUAGCAUUAUCGUUUCUCCCAAUAAUUAUCUUUGUCAUUUGGCAGCAAGGCGUAGCCACUGAUAAAGAAUCCUCUGGAUAUGCAAAAGCUCUUGAAAAUAGUACUAAGAUAGCUGUCGAGGCAGUUUCGAACAUCCGUACGGUAGCUUGCCUAGGUCGGGAACGUUGCGUUGCGCAACAGUACGCAGACCGGCUCUACCCGGCGCUGGCUCCGGCGCGACGCGCUGCGCACUGGCGGGGCAUCGUCGGGGGUCUUUCUCGGUCCAUGUUCAAUUUUGUUAAUGCUACAGCCCUCACUUAUGGCGGCCAACUAAUAGUAACGGACGGAAUUGCAUACCAGAACAUUCUUAUUGCUACCCAAGCAUUGCAAAUGGCGUCGUCUCAGGUUCAGAAUGCAUUUGCAUAUGCGCCCGAUUUCCAGAAGGGUACAAAAGCAGCUGCAAGGAUCUUAGAACUCCUGAACACUAAACCUCUUAUCAUGAAUCCUGACAAACCUGUAGAUAAUUUUAAAGCUAGCGGUGAUGCCAGCUUCAGAAGAGUUAAUUUUGAAUACCCUAACAGGCCAAAUUUAACAGUUCUCCGUGGUUUAGAUUUAGAGAUAAAUCGCGGUAAAACGAUUGCGAUUGUUGGUCAAAGCGGUUGCGGAAAAAGUACAGUUGUUCAAUUAUUACAGAGAUAUUACGAUCCCGAUGCUGGCGCAGUCCUUUUAGAUGAUGUGUCUCUUAAUAAAUUACGCCUCAACGAUGUACGUGCUAGUUUCGGUUUAGUAUCCCAAGAGCCUGUGCUGUUUGAUCGUAGCAUACUUAAGAACAUCGCUUACGGUGAUAAUUCGAGGAUAGUAUCAGUAGAAGAUGUGAUCGAAGCGGCGAAACAAGCGCACAUUCACAAUUUCAUUGUUUCAUUGCCACGGGGUUAUGAGACUGAAAUAGGUAUGAGAGGUGUACAGUUAUCUGGAGGUCAAAAGCAAAGAGUAGCAAUAGCAAGGGCUCUCGUACGACAUCCCUGCAUACUCCUUCUUGAUGAGGCGACGAGUGCACUUGACAAUGAAAGUCAAAAGUUAGUACAAGCGGCUCUGGACAGUGCUUCAGUAGACCGUACAUGUGUACUUAUAGCGCAUCGCCUAACCGCAGUGCGAGACGCCCAUAAAAUAUGUGUGCUCCACGAUGGGUGCGUUGCAGAGCUCGGGACGCAUGAGCAGCUCAUUCAACUCAGAGGAUUAUACUCUAACCUCGUCAUGAUGGGACUUUAAACAAAAAGUUACAAUUUUUUUCU